AUGGCGGCGUUCGCGCGGCGCAAGGCGCAGCGGCUCGCGCGGCCCGACCCCAGCCGGAAGCGCGUGCUGGACGCGCGAGCCGCGGAGCUCGUGCGGCUCCUGAACGCGCGCGAGCGCUUCUGCACCACGAGCUCGUGCGACGGGAGGGUCACCGUGACGGACACGGCCGGCGCGGGGAUCCAGAAGAAGAACUGCACGUGGCUCCUGGUAACGCACGACCCGUGUGUCAAGGGCGAUGUGAUGACAGCACUAGAGAAAGCUACUGGUGAUGUUGUGUUCAAGUUUGAACCAUUUGUUCUUCACGUGCUGUGUCGGGAGCUGCAGGAUGCACAGCUGCUGCAUUCAGUGGCUGUUGACUCUGGGUUCAGAAACUCUGGUAUUACAGUUGGCAGAGGAGGAAAAAUCACAAUGGCUGUGCGGAGCACUCACUGCUUAGAAGUUCCAUUGAGCCACAAAGGGAGAUUGAUGGUCUCCGAAGAAUAUAUUGAAUUUCUGGUACAUGUAGCCAAUCAGAAAAUGGAAGAAAACAUAAGGAGGAUUGACAGAUUCCACAAAGGCUUGGAGCUGGCUCUGGGAGCUGCUGUCCCUGCAGACGCCUUGUUCCCCGAGGGGCCGGAGAAGAGCCGCUCCGUGUACGUGCACAGAAGGAAGAGACGGACUGCUCAGGAGCAGGCUGAUCCCAGCAGAGGGCUGGAACCCCAGGAUGAUCCUGAGAGCAGUCUUGAUUUGUUUGCUGAAAUCAUGAUAUAGACUAAGACAUUUGAAAGCAAAUGGCAAACUGAAAAAUGAUUGUAAAGCUCUUUCUAAGAGAUUUAUAUACUCCUGUGCUCCAGGUAGUAAUACUCUCAGACAUUGACCAGAAAAAAAGGUAAUUAACAGAAUAGUGAGCAGGUAUAGCUACAGGACACAGAGAACAAAGCCGUAGAGUGUUUUGUGAGUUUUUUAAGUGUACUGUUGAAUUAACAAUGUGGUACUCCAUCAGUUAUCCCAGAAAUAACGGGUUUGCUGCAGCCUUUUGCCAUGUUCUCUGUGGCAGCAUUUCACUUCCAACUUCCUGGGUUUUGCAGAGCCAGCUGGCUCUGAAGGUUUCUCCUUCAGGGAGGGGAAGAGGUGCUGGGGACAAGCACUGAAGACUGACAAUCAUCCACUCAUGGGACAGCCAAUACAUGAGGUGGAAAUUCACAGAAACCUUCCAAAGUAGCACUGUGUACACCAGUCUCAGACCUCAUGUGCGUUUGGGCAGACUGGUUGAAGUGUGAUUCAGCCCAGGGGCACAACUUCUGACAAGUCAGAGCUGCUGGCCAGGAGCUGUGUGAGCAGAACGGGAGCCCCACAGCCCGUGGGGCAGCAGGCAGGUGGUGGGAGCAGCCAAGGGCCCCACGGCGGGGCAAGGCACAGCAGCUCCUCAGGGGUGGAGACGCGGCUUCUGCCACAGGCGUUACUGGAGCUUUGUCAGGAUACAGCCUUGUGUCACUUUGCAGUCACUUUACCAUAGACCUUCCUUUCACUCUGAGGCUCAACUGCCUGUCUGCACUGAAGUGAAACCACAGGGCUUCAUCAGCAAAAAGCAACAUCUGCCUUCAUGCAGAGGGUCUUCCCUGCCCUGCUGCCUUAGCAAAGCCCUGGAGAGCCUCUGUUGCCAUCCCCACUGCUGGCAGUCCCACUGUUCUCCACCCGGGGGGCACAUCCUGCACACAGAGGAGGUAGUUGUUGCUUGUGGAUGUCAGAGAGUUUGUUCAGAAUAGUCUGAACCCUCCUCUGCACCUGACAUUUCUUAAAGUGUCUGGUGCUGGUCUGUUGGACAUAGCUCAAGGGACUGACAGCACCAGCACAAGCGGUGCCCACAGACACUGUAACAGCCCAAACCCUCACCCUGUGUAACAGCACUACAGUGUUCACAUUCUGAGAAAUAGUUUGUCGGAAACUGAUGUGUGGCGUGAUCCCAUAUUCUCCUGAAAAAUGAUAAAAAAUUCAGGAAGACUUUUUGGCAUCUUAACACAAAAAGGUUACCCUAACUGUUGGCAUCUUGUUACUUUAUUUCAAUAAAGUUAAUAGUCUCCAAUGGUUGAAGACAUUUGGAGACCUCAUACUAAAACAAGACCUUACAACAAGGAAAAUAAAGAUCAGGGAAACAUGUUACUUCAGUA